UAGAAACAUGCACUUUUACUCACUCCUGAGUUCUUUAAUUCUCUUUGUGUUACUCCUCUGUAUCUCAGAUUCUGAGAGCCUGAAGACACUGAAGAAUUUAACUGUAAAACAUGGAGAAUCUCUCACUAUUCCAUGUUUUUAUGAUGAGAAAUACAAAUCAAACCUUAAAUACUGGUGUAAGGGGUAUUUCUGGUUCUCCUGUAAAAUAGUAGCCUCUACAAACACAAGCACAUCAGUCACUGAUCAUCCAACCCAGAAUAUGUUUAUUGUGGAACUGAACAGUCUUCAAGACUCUGACUCUGGAUAUUAUUGGUGUGCUGUGGAAAUUGGUGGGAAAGAGACCCCUGAUGACAAGGAUUAUUUGUACCUGACAGUCAGUGCAGAUCCUGCAGUGUCAGUGAUAAACAGCAAAGUAAGUGGUCAAGAAGGGGGCAGUGUCAGUGUCCAGUGUCUCUACAGUGCUGAAUAUAAGAAUAAAAAGAGGAAUUGGUGCAGAUUUGAAGACAGGAGGUGUUUCUCAGGGGGGAAGACAACAGAAUUCUAUAAUUCAGUAGUGCUGGUCAUCGACUAUGGAAAAGGAUCUGUCAGUGUGGAGAUGAGGGGUCUGCAGAAGAGUGAUGCUGGCUGGUACUGGUUCAGUGCAGGAGAUGUGGAGGUUCCUGUUCACCUCACUGUCACUGAAAGACCUUCAAGUAAGAUCACAGCAACAACAGCUGUGACUACAGUUUGUGCCACUGAGGAAACCUGCAUCGGUGAAACCACUUCAGGUUCUGAAACUAUGAGGAAGAAUAAAGAGACAACAGCGGCAGAGCUGAGGGGAAAUACUGGGCUUCUCUGGGUUCUACUGGCUGUAGGCCUUGGGCUGCUGCUGAUUCUGACCAUUGUUACAACCAGCGUGUUGAUUAAAAAGUGCAAUGGAAGUCAAACAGAGACCAGAGGGAGGGUCAGUAACACUGCAGUUCACACAGUUUCAUCUGCAUCAGAUCAUGAAAAUGAUGUGAUCUACAGCAGUGUAACCACAACUACCAAAAAGAAAACACUCUUUCAGGCAGUCAGAGAUGAUGAGGUGAUCUACAGCUCUGUGGUUUUGAAGUAAGAGGUGUAAGCGAGUGUGUUUCUGGCCAGAUCUCUUACAAAGAAGAUACUGCAAUGCAAGACUUCUCACAAUGGAACUUCUAUUAUAUAUUAGGGGGCAUUUAAGUUAAAAAGGGUUUGACUUCAAGACUUUAACUUAAAGUUUGUACUUCCUGAUGAUUCAAAUGGCUUCUACCUGUAAAAAGUCUUUCAGUACCUACCAGUGCACCACAUAUAUGUCUGCAUAAAAGUUAAAGGAAUAGACUGAUGAAAAAUCAAGUUUACACAAUUUUCACUUACCUCAGAUGACAUCAAUCAGCCAAGACAAGUCCAAGUGUUGCUGCUUAAUUUUAGUGCUGGAGCUACAAGGUAAUAUUGCUAACAAACACUGAAAGUCAAUUCACCCAAAUCUUAUCCAUAACUAAAGUUCUUUACUAAAGUUAUGCAAACUUGUUGAUGUUGUUUAAUACACAGACUUACUGUGAGCAUCCACUUUACAGGUGUUGUGCCGAAUUUUGACUCCGCCAUAGAAUUUGACUCCCCUUUGCAUGCACGCCACACUGGUGAUUCUGUUUCAUUUUUUAAAGAUAAUCUCCAGCUCAAGAUUGAGAGUUUAUAAAAGCUGACUAUUGACUUCUGGUGUUUAUUAGCAAUGUUGGCCUCAAAGAUCCUGUGCUAAACUAAAGAAGCAAAAUUUUCUCUCCAAACAUGUUUUGGCUCAUUUACAUUGCUGUCAUAAGUGAAUUGGGUAACACUUUACAUUAAGGGUACAUGACCUGUCAGUAAUUAAGGCAUUUACUAAUGAAUAACUAAUCAGAAAGUAAUGAGUUAUUAAUCAGAAACAAAUGAAUGUCAUUUAUUAACAGCCACAAGACUAAAUCACUAACCCAUGAACUAAUGAAUGAAGAUGAAUGUAAUAAAGGCUUUAUUCAAUGCCUGAA